AUGAAUAACAAUCAGCAGCAGAAUGUGCAGGCGGGCCCCGGUUCGGGCCUUACCCGGUACCGGUCCGCGCCGAGCUCUUACUUCGCGUCCAUGCUAGACGGACCCCCAAGCGACGCCGUAUUCGGCGGAGGUGAUUUUGACCAUCUCGUCAGCCCGCGAACUUCCUGCCCGGAGGCCCAGACGGUUCUUUCCCGGUUCACGGGCAGCACGGAUACCGUUCGAGGAAAUUCCUCAGCCACGAACGCGCGGCUGAGCUCACAGCUGCCGGCUGUGGCAAAGGCGGAGCCGCUCCGUCAGUCUCAUCAGAGACAGCAGAGCAACGAUUACACGUCAGCCUCUCCGGCGAUGUGUCACGAGUCCCGUGGUGCUGUGGAGAAUUCGUACCGCGGGUUAAUGGGUCCUUACGGCGCUUGUCGGCUGAAGAUGGAGUCUGGCAGCGGAGGUAGUACUGGCCUCCUUCGUCACAGCAGUUCACCGGCGGGGCUAUUUGACGACAUCGAUGUAGAAGCUGGCAGGUUCAAACGUCAAAUGAAUUUCUCGUCGAGGUACUCUUCAUCCGGGAUGAUGAACACGAUUCCCGAAAACAAUAUGGAAAAUCGACACUUUAGCCGAGACAGUGGUAAUAAUGUCGACUACAUCACGGGCCUUCCCAUGGGUUCUUGGGAUGAUUCCAAUUGUUUUCUACAGGGGCUGCCGGAUAAUAAUGAGAGUAGAAGAUUUUCGAAUGCAAAUGCCUUGGACGAUCAGAAUAACGAAGGUGGAAAUCGGGCCGCAACCCGUUUAUCUCAUCACCUGAGCCUGCCCACAAAUUCGGCAGAGCUAGAAAAGAUUUUACAAGACACGGUUCCAUGUAAAAUGAGGGCGAAAAGGGGUUUCGCCACUCACCCUCGCAGCAUUGCUGAAAGGGUGAGAAGGACCAAAAUCAGCGAACGAAUACGAAAGCUCCAAGAACUCGUGCCUAACAUGGAAAAGCAAACAAAUACAUCUGAUAUGUUGGACUUUGCAGUCAAUUACAUUAAGGAUCUUCAGAGGCAAGUAAAGACGCUCUGUGAUAACCGUUCGAGGUGCUCCUGUCCGGCUAAACAGAAUCUAUAG